UUAAAACAUCCGCGGCUAGGGUUUAAGGAUUUUCUUCUCCGCUCCCCCGGCCCCCAUUCGCACCCAGCACAGCUACAGACGGUCUCUAUGGCCAAGAAAGGGGCGAAGAGAAAGCAGCAGCCGCCGCCGGCGGCUCCCACCGCGAAGAAGGGGAGCAAGGCUGUGCCCCCACCGAAGGCUGCGAAGAGAGCGCCCAAGAAGCAGGAGCUUCUCGAGUCCUCCGACGAUUCUGAUACGGAGCAGCAGCUCCUGGAGGAGGCCUCCCACCUCGACGUCCCCUCUGAUUCCGACGCCGAAGAGCUCUCUGGGUCGGACGCUGAGGCUGACGAGCUCUCGGGCUCGGAUGCCGAUUCCGACGGAAGCUCGAGCAGCGGCGACGACGUGGAGGAUGAGGAGGAGGAGGAGGAAGGUGAUGGAAGUGAUGAUGACCCCCUGGCGGACGACUUCCUCGCUGGUAGCGACGAAGGAAGCGAGGGUGGUGACUCUGGACUGGAGUCAGACGAGUCUGAUGACCUCGAGGCAAAAUCACGAGCAAUUGAUGAGCAGAAAAUCAAGGCGGAAGAAGAUGCAGAGGAGGAACUUCAAACCAACAUAAGAUCAGAAUCUGAUGAGUUCAGAUUACCCACGGCAGAGGAGCUGGAGGAAGAGGCACACAGACCACCUAACCUACCAAAUCUCAAAAGGAGGAUUUCAGAAAUUGUUCGAGUGCUCUCAAACUUCAGCAAGCUGAGGCAGAAAGAUGUUCCACGAAAAGAUUAUAUCGAACAACUGAAAACUGAUAUCAUUUCAUACUAUGGAUAUAAUGAUUUUCUAGUUGAAGCAUUAAUUGAGAUGUUCCCAGCUGUUGAGCUUGUUGAGUUACUGGAAGCCUUUGAGAAAAGGCCGCCCGAGUGCUUGCGGACGAAUACACUAAAGACCCGGAGGAGGGAUCUUGCUGCUGCUCUUAUACCAAGAGGAUUUAAUUUGGACCCGAUAGGAAAAUGGUCAAAGGUAGGAUUAGUUGUCUAUGACUCCACCAUUUCAGCUGGUGCUACUACUGAAUAUAUGGCUGGUCAUUACAUGAAACAAGGUGCAAGUUCGUUUUUACCAGUGAUGGCACUUGCUCCACAGGAGAAGGAACGAAUUGUUGAUAUGGCGGCUGCUCCAGGUGGUAAGACUACUUACAUUGGCGCUCUUAUGAAGAAUACCGGAAUCAUCUAUGCAAAUGAGUUCAAUGAGAAAAGGUUGCAUGGACUUUUGGGAAAUAUCCAUCGCAUGGGUGUGACAAAUACCAUAGUUUGUAACUAUGAUGGUAAAGAGCUACCCAAAGUUCUUGGGAUGAAUUCGGUUGACAGAGUAUUGCUUGAUGCUCCCUGCACAGGAACUGGGACCAUUUGGAAGGAUCUACAAAUUAAAACAUCAAAGGACAUUGAAGACAUCAGGAGCUGCGCCUUUGUCCAAAAGCAAUUGCUGCUAGCUGCUAUUGAUUUGGUUGAUGCCAACUCCAAAACUGGUGGUUACAUUGUUUACUCAACUUGUUCGAUAAUGAUUCCAGAGAACGAGGCAGUAAUUGACUAUGCACUUAAAAAGAGAAAUGUAAAGCUUGUGCCUUGCGGGUUGGAUUUUGGGCGUCCAGGAUUCAUCCGGUACCGGGAGCAUCGGUUUCAUACUUCUUUAGAAAAAACAAGAAGAUUUUAUCCUCAUGUCAAUAACAUGGAUGGAUUUUUUGUAGCUAAGCUGAAAAAGUUAAGCAAUACAAUUCCGGUGACGUCUGAGCCGUCUAAAGCAUCUGAAGAAGCAGCUAAGGCUGAUGGUGAAGAUGAGAAAGCUAUUUCUAAUGAACAAGAGACUGGUGUUCCUGAUAAAGAUGAGAAAACUGUUGAGAUAAAAAAUCAUAAAAAUGUGACUAAUAAAAGAACAAGUGUCACCAAAGAGACUGGAAGCCAUAAACGUGAAUCCAAUAAGCCAGGAAAGCAUCUCAAGAUAAAUAAGAAUAAUGCUACAAAAGAAAUUGAUGGCCCUGAGAGCAGUGAAACAAAUAGAGAUGGGAAAGAAGAGCAUCGCGUACAAACCAAGAAAAUGAGUCACAAGAGGAAGUUUGCUUCUGAUAGAUCCAAAAAAUCUGGCCCCGAGAGCUUCUCGGGUGUCAAAGAGAAGAGACAGGUCAGUGACAAGAAGCGGAAAAAGAAAUGGCAAUUCAAGCUGAGGCGUGACUGGGAAGCUGAAAAGAAAGGUGACAAGAGGAGGAAGGUAUGAAGGAGUAUUCAGAUGUCCACAGGCCCCAAUGAAAUUUGAUGGGUGUGUAAGGGCAACCGAGAAUUUUGAGCAAGCACGAGUUUGCAGCCACCGAAAAUUUUGAUGUAUGAAAUAGCGAUUGUAGUUUAUUAUUUUUUAUUCAGUGUACGUCUCAAGUUUUAUCUUUAAUGAGUGACAUAUCUGGCAGGGAAACUGAAGCAUAUUAUUAUCUUGCUGAAUGCUAUGUGAAUCCUGCUGUACGUGUUAUAAAAAAAAAUCAUAUCUGAGAUACUAGCUGCAAGAACCUGACUUCUAGAUACUGUGGGUUCUGAAUAGUUUCAUCAUGUGGCUUGUUUGGAGAUCUAGAUCAUGAAGGCGCAGUGGCAACUGAUUCUGAAGUUCACGUUUGGUUUGGAGUCUUGGAGACAAGGUGAGAUCAGACAUGUCCUUUAGCUGAUCGAUGUUUGUGUUUGAUAGGAGUGAUGGAGGUGGAGAGAAUGCAUGGUUGUUUGUUUUCAGAUCAGACAUGUCCUUUAGCUGAUCGAUGUUUGUGUUUGAUAGGAGUGAUGGAGGCGGAGAGAAUGCAUGGUUGUUUGUUUUCAGUAAUUAUUGUUCACUUUUCCAAUAGAGGGUGCGUUUGGUGCUUGAACAGCCGUGUCCCUCCAAUUUUAAGGGAUAGCUAAGAUAGUCUUAUUUUAA